AAUUACUUGCUCAGGAGUUUGCAUGCAAGGUCGUUAUCGUUAAAGCGUGUCGCCAUUAUCGGGCUGCACUUGAUGAAUGGUAUGAUGAAAUUUACAUGCGUUGUUAAUAUACUGGAACUAUAAUUCUGGUUGCAGAAGGUUUAAGCUGUCUAUAUAUAUAUAUAUGUAUAUGCGAAACUGUUGUAGUGAUGAAUGACAACCAGUAACUGAGUUGAAUAUAAGACUGUUUAUAGAGGUGGUUUAUACAGGAUGCCACAAUACGACGAAUCACGCGAUGAAGAGGGGAAUCACCUCUUACCCGUACUUGAUAAAUCUUUGCAAAAUGAAAGCUCUAAGAGUCACAAUGCAGACGAAAGAGACGGGAAACAUUUACUAUCAGGAUAUCAAUGUGCUGUGUUGAUCUUUAAGUUCUGUGUUGGCGCUGGUUGGUUUUCUCUGCCUGCUGCUUUUCAAUUUUCAGGUGUUUUGGUUGGUGUAAUUCUAGUUUGUGUUUGUGGGGGUCUUACGAUAUUUGGAAUGCAACGAUUAGUUACAACUUCAUGGGAAGUUGCUCGAAGAAACGGAACUGAAACUGCCUUUUUUGGGGACAUUGGCGCAGCUUGUGGCAAGUUAUUAAACGAAAGAUGGGAACAGAUUGGAAGGUUGGUUGUUGAUAUUUUUCUCUUGAUUGCCUCAUUUUCUAUGGUAUGCGCAAUUAUUCUAUUCGUCGCACACAUUUGGAAACAGGCUUUCAAGGAACAAAAUAUAAUCGAGCUGGAAAUAAUCGUUUGGGUACUCAUUGUUUAUUUUAUCCUUUUACCCACAAUCUUCAUACAAAGACCGGAUUUUCUGGCAUGGUUUUCGUUAAUUGCCAAUAUAUUUGAAGUCAUUACGAUUGUCUCUUUGAUGGUUCACAUAUUUUCAAAAACAUCGAACUUCAAAGUAAACAACACAGUGACAUGGUCAAAGCUGCCGUUAACUGUAGGAAUGGUAUUCUUUGCGUUUGAAAUCGCACCAUUUAUUCUUUCAGUGGAAAAUAAGACGAGAAAACCGAGACAGCUGCCGCUUGUUAUAAAUGUUAUCAUGAUUGGUGUUUCGUGUACGUACGUUUUUGUUGGAAGUAUUGGAUACGUUUCGUGUUUUCCGGAAUGUCAAGAUAGCAUUAUUCUUAAUCUGCCCAAUUUUUGGUUUUAUUCAGUUUGCAAAAUUUUAAUGGGCUUGGCUGGUUGUGCAAGUAUUAUCCUUUCGAGUUAUGUUGCGUAUGAGACUUUCGCGCCCAUAUUGAAAUCUCAAGUUCCAGAACAUCAAUUUCGUCUCAUUUCGCUUAUGUUCAGGACCCUGUUGUUGACAUUUGCAGCUGCUUUUACAGCAAGUAUUCCGCAACUUGGUAAUGUUAUUUCUUUGGCUGGAUCGUUCGUGACAGGAACGAUUGGUUUUCUCCUGCCUGCCGUGGCGCACACUUUACUCCUUUACAAUCAACUAUCAAGAUUUACCAUUAUCACAAACGUUAUAUUCCUAUUGUGUGGACUGUUUGUUCUUUUUGCAGGGGUGUACACCUCUAUAGUAGAGAUUGUUGAAGAUUUUUAGGAGAAUUUAGGUAAACGUCAUACUGCUCAUACACACGUGGGGUAUUCACGAUUUACGCUACGAGCUUUGCUAAAGGCUUAGCUGACAUUGCCAGUGUCCAGCAGAUUUGAACCCCUCUCGUGCAAAACGGACCGCGAAGCCAAAAUUUUUAUAGAAAAUUCCAUUCACACGUACUCAUAAUUGGCAAAUGACAGUCAACAUUAGAAGAUAAUGAUGUCUAUAUAGCCGAGGUGAACAUUUCUGUAUGGCGGAAGUUUUUCAUCUUACCAACUACCAAGGCGGGUUUCAGGCAUGCAGCAGAAACUGUUACGAUUUACCCGUCAAAUCAUUCGCAGAAAUUAUUUAAUUUUAGGACAACUGGACAUGUGCCUAUUUUUUACUUGAAUUUAUUCUCUAAAUUUAAAUUACUUAAAUUAACCAACAAGCUGAUGAUGCUGUUCCAAUGAACAGUAAAAUCAUCUAGCAUUACUA